AAUCUGGCCACGAAGAAGAACAUGGCGGCUGCUGAUUGGAUGAACGAUGAGGGGCGUAGAAUAAGCCAUGAGUGUUUUUAUGAGAAACACAAUGUACAACAGUCGUAACGCUCAUUUUUAUAGCGGUUUAUACACUCUAUAACAAUAAUUAUAUCGUUUAAAUGCUAUUGAUGAAACUUACGAGUGUAAUGCCGUCAGUAAGUUGAUUGACUGCGCCCUCCACAGCUUGUUGUUGUACCUUUAUUGAAGGAAAUGUCCAGAAUUUCCACCUUCAUGAACUCUCUGUACCGAACCUCCACUCGGAUCAUAUGGAGAAGUUCACCGAAUAUCCCUCCACUGCCCGGGCUAACGCGUGUUUUUACAGCCGGUAAAAAGGACCUGAUAGAGCUGCCAGCCCUGAAUGAAGACGAGCUUGAAGAACAAUUUGUAAGAGGAUCUGGACCUGGAGGACAAGCCACCAACAAGACUAGCAACUGUGUGGUGCUCAAGCAUAUCCCCACUGGAACCAUUGUGAAGGUGAAAUUGAUUGAAAACUGAUGUUUAAGUCACUGCUGAUAAUCUGCUGCAAGUCAGAGUAACACAAUUGACAAUCCAGGCUAGUGUCAUAGAUCUUUUAGGUGUGACAAAAAUACAAGUUUAGCAGUUAAUGAAAACUACUGUACGGUGGCCGAGAACUGCCACUGCUGCAGAUAAAAAAGAAUGUAAAAAAAAAGAAAGAAGUCACAACGGAAGAUGCAAAAAAAGAGAAAGAAAAGAAACCGAAGCCUGCUGCAAUGAAAAAAAAAAGAAACGGUGCAGAUAAAAACAACAGAAGUUAACAAAGCAAAAACUUACUUUGAGGAGGCAGACAUCGUCCAUUCUUGAACUGGAGGAUGCCGAUGUAGUGUUAGCUUCAGUUCAACUUCAUAUUGACUCAGGCGCUACAUGUCCUAACUAAGUGACGCUGAAAAGUACAUGAAGCGAAAUUAAAUAAUAACCUUUCCACUAACUUCUUUGCUUGUCUUUUCGCCGUCGUCUUCUGUGCCUAGAUUAUAAAACACUGGUGCGUCAUCAUUAUUGGUCCCCGGCAGCUCACUUCAGUUGUGACUUUUUUUAUUUGCAUCCUUUUAAUUUCGCAGUAUUUUUUUUUUUUUUUUUUUUUUUUGCAUCGCUAACUCACAUUGUGACUUCCUUUUUUUUUGCAUUCUUUUUUCAUUUGCAGCAGUGGCAGUUCUCGGCCACUGUACUACUCAAUGCUCAGGCUAAAAAUGGAAUCUUUGAUGGGCAAAAGCUCCAGAAAAGUGUAUAAAUGACUCAGAAGUGAACCAUUUAUUUUUGGCAACCAAAUUCAUGAAGUCAUUUUAAAAUUAAUUUACUUGUGUAAUUUUCCCUGUAGUGCCAUCAAACCAGAUCUGUGGAUAUAAACAGAAAGCGUGCACGGGACAUCAUGAGAGAGAAACUUGAUGUUUUACAAAAAGGAGAACUCAGUGAAGUUCUGGUCAAGAAGAAAGAGUCCAUGAUGAAGAAACAAGAGAAGAGGAGGAAGGUCAAUGAGAAUCUGGAGAGAAAAAGACUUUUCAAAGAAACACUGGCUACAGCUUCUAAACCUGGAAAUGACACUGUUUGAAAUAUUCAGAAUAAAGGCAUGGAUAUGUGAUUUGGCCUUUAUUUGAUGCAGACAAAGACAAAAUAAUCAAACCUGGGAACGGUAUCAAAAGGAAUCAGGCUUGUAUUUUUUUAAAGUGUACUUCAUGUAAAGUUGGAACACAAUGUUCAUCAGUUUGUCCAACACUUAACAGGAUGUUAAGAAAAUGAAAUUAAAGACCAUGUUUUGUUCAUCUC